GCUAUUACUUGCAUGUUUCAUGCUAUCGUCUAAAUUCUUGUUAUGACUAAUUUGGAAUCGACACAUACCCGUGACGAGAUAUGUGAUAUUACUAAUGAGGAAGGCCGGAAUUUGUUUGAUAUUUGUUGUACUCGAUGCUCCAGCAUCAUCUUGAAGAAAAAUUCAGCUGCCUUUAUUUCGAAAGAACAACCCCUCCCGGUGUUUGCCAAAAAGUCGGAGCUGGCCAGCCAUCCGGACGACUUUCCUACUGAUUUGCUGGACCAGUUCUGGUUCGUCAACGAUUUAUACACAUUUGAAAAUGUCGGCUUCACUCAUAACGUGAAAGAGUUACGCUAUCUCACAUGUGCUGAUUGUGACUUGGGGCCCAUCGGUUUUCACGAUGUAAACGAAGGUCCACCCAAAGUUUAUUAUGUCGCUCUGUCCCGGACAACCCACAAGACUACAAACUCAGUUGAUCAGCCUAUGAACGCUUCGGCUUAACACGCUGUACAAAGUUCCCGUGUCCCUACAGCAUCUUUUUUGUUUCAUAGCGAAUGUUUACGCUCUUGUUCUUUGAAUUCGCUUUUAUUGUCGUUG